CUCGCGGCGCGGGACCAGUGCGGUCUCGUCGGAGGAGGCUCGGGGAAGAUUUACUUUCACAACUACCUGCCUAUUCAACCAGGCAAGAUGAAGGACGGCCUGAACAUAGCAACGCUGCCCAGCCCCUUGGACCGGUAUACCCUGGACACCAAGCUAGGUUCAGGCAUAUUCGGAGAGGUCUUCAGGGCCUCCGACACCCAAGCAGCUGGAAAAGCAGUGGCAGUCAAAGUCCAAACUUAUACGGAUGACACCGAAAUCCAUAUCCAGAAAGAAUAUAAGAUUCUAAGGGACUUCACGAAACAUCCCAAUUUGAUUGAUUUUUACGGCGUGUUCUGCGAAAAGUCGGAGGGGGUGAAGAAGAUAUGGUUCGUUUUGGAGUUGUGCGAGUUCGGAUCUGUCAUCGACAUUGUCAGAAAGCUACACGCGACCGACAGAAGAAUGUCCGAGGAACACAUCGCUUACAUUCUCAAAUAUACGAUCAAGGCCCUCGUGUACCUGCACGAGAAUAAAGUGAUCCAUCGGAACGUGCGGUGCAGCAAUAUUCUGAUCACGAAGGACGGCGAAGUGAAGCUGACUGAUUUCGGGCUGUCAUCCAAGUUGAAUGGGACGCUCGAUAAAAGUAACACGAACGUCGGCUCGCCCAGCUGGAUGGCUCCUGAGGUAGUGACGUGCGGCGAUGACGGAUACGGGAACCGAGCUGAUGUAUGGGCCUUGGGGAUAACGGCUAUAGAAAUGACAGACGCGAAGGCACCGUUUCAAGAUAUGCACCCGACUAGAGCACUAUUUCAAAUCGUCAGGAAUCCACCGCCUGGAAUCGGAAAGGCUUCAAUGUGGUCUAAUGAUAUAAAUGACUUUGUAACCGAGUGCUUAGAAAAAAAUCCAGAACAUCGUCCCUAUAUGGUGGAACUGGAAGAACACCCAUUCAUACAAUCGGUUCCUGAAAAUGAUUAUCACCUUACGACAGAAUUGAAAAAGUUGGCACUAGAUUUGAAAUCAACAGAAGGUUUACCAAAAAAACCAGAGAGAAUAAUUAAGAACAGCCUUUUGACGACUGAAGGCGUUACCGAACCGGAAACGAUGCAGGUCGAAGAUUUAGCGGCUUUAGAACACCUAACCGAAGAAAAUAUUCUUGCUGAACUGCAAACCAAAUUGGCCAAAGGAUCAUUUACAUCAUUCGUCGGCGAUAUUCUUCUAAUACUUAACCCGAAUACAAAUGAUAACAUUUAUAACGAAGAAUAUCAUAGAAAGUACGAAUGCAAAUCAAGAUCAGAUAACGAGCCACAUAUCUUUGCCGUAGCUGAUAGCGCUUACCAGGAUGCCCUACAUCACAACGAACCGCAACACAUAGUAUUUUCUGGAGAAAGCAAGUCUGGGAAAACGACAAACAUGAAUCAUGCUUUAUCACAUCUGACACAUUUGGGCGCUAUGAAAAAUAACACAGCUGAAAGAAUUCAGAAAGCAGCAAAAGUUAUACAAUCGUCCCUGAGUGCUGCAACUCCUAUAAAUGCUAAUUCAACGAGAGCAAUCUUACAAAUCCAAGUAACGUAUGGCAGUUCAGGAAAAUUAAGUGGCGCCAUAUUCUGGCUUUAUCAACUCGAGAAGUGGCGUGUGUCGUCUACAGACAUGUCUCAUGCCAACUUCAAUCUACUAUACUAUUUUUACGAUGCGAUGGAAGCUGCGAAUCGCUUGGACGAAUUAAAUCUCGAGAAAAAUCGGAAACAUCGAUAUUUAAGAAUAUUAGAUGAACCAACAAAAGGAACAAAAGGUGUUCGAGAAACUCCACAAGAAAAUGUUGAAAGCUACAAGGAAUUUAUUGAAAACCUGAAAAUACUAGAUUGGGAAGAAGAAGACAUAACAUUUCUAGAAACUGUCCUGGCGGCUAUUCUUAUACUCGGAAAUGUAAGAUUCAAAGACGGCAAAAGUGGAUCAGCUGAAAUCGAAAAUCUGGAUGAAGCUAAGAAGGUAGCCAAGCUGCUAUCUCUUGAAGAAGUUAAAUUUCUUUGGGCUCUCUUAAAUUAUUGCUUGAUAGAAAGUGGGACUGCGGUAAAGAGGAAACAUUCUACAGACGAAGCCAGAGAUGCUAGAGAUACAUUAGCGGGCACUCUAUACAAAAGACUAAUCGAUUGGAUGAUUAACCUAAUUAAUUCGAAGUUAUCAUUCAUGAGAUCAGUAUUUGGCGACAAAUUUUCAGUGAGUCUAUUAGACAUGUUUGGUUUCGAAUGCUACCACAGAAAUCGUAUAGAGCAAUUAAUCGUUAAUACAACAAACGAACAAAUACAGUUCCUGUAUAAUCAGCGGAUAUUCGCUUGGGAAAUGCAAGAAACAGCUGAAGAAGAUAUCCCAGUUGUGUCAUUGCAUUUUUAUGAUAAUAAGAACUCGGUGGACCAGCUCAUGGGCAGACCUUUGGGUCUGUUUUACAUACUAGACGAAGCAAGUCGAACGGGCAGUGGACAGGAGUUUAUAAUGAGCACAAUCAGAACCACUUGUAAAGGGCCAUACAUAAAACUAUCUGGGAGUCACGAAUUCAGCGUGGCACAUUAUACUGGGAAAGUAAACUAUGACGCACGAGAGAUGGCUGACAAAAACAAGGAUUUUUUACCCCCAGAGAUGAUCGAGACGAUGAGGGCUUCAACAAACAUCACGGUUCAGCAGCUGUUCAGGAACAAACUGACGAAAACUGGGAACUUGACUGUAUCUUCAGCUCAACCAAAAGUAGCGGUGGUGAGGUCCAAAUCUGAAAAGGAAAUGGAAAACAUUAAGACAAGGAAAUACAAUACAGUAUCAAAAGGGCAAUACUCACAAGUGCACAGGAUGCGAACGGCCGCAGCCACAUACAGGGCUACCAGUCUUGAGAUCCUGAAGCAGCUUUCGAUUGGCCCAGGGAGUGGGGGUACACACUACGUUCGAUGUAUCAGAGCAGAUCUAAAUGACAACCCUAGAGGAUUCCAGACUGAAGUCAUUAGGCAGCAGUUGAGGGCUUUGGCUAUUCUGGACACUGCUAAGGCUCGACAAAGCGGAUAUUCUUCUCGGAUACCUUUUGCUGAAUUUAUUAGAAGGUACCGGUUCUUAGCAUUUGAUUUUGACGAAAAUGUCGAAGUCACCAAAGAUAACUGCAGACUUCUUCUAAUACGUCUCAAAAUGGAAGGAUGGGUGUUAGGAAAAUCGAAAGUUUUCCUGAAAUACUACAAUGAAGAAUUCUUGGCUAGACUGUACGAGACCCAGGUUAAGAAAAUCGUCAAAGUACAAUGUAUGAUGAGAGCAUUUUUGGCAAGAAGAAAAGCAAAGAAAGACAAGGCCAAAGCUGUACACAUCAAAGAACUAAAGAAACAACAAUCGAUGAACGUGACUGAAGAUGAAGCUGCUCUACUUAUCCAAAAAGCCUACCGUGGAUACAUAGUAAGAAAGGCGUACGGACCACUCAUCAAAUCUACAGGGCAGAUUGAUGAAGAAACGGCGACAUUUCUAAAACGAUUCGCCAUGAAAUGGAAGAGUAGAUCCAUUUUCCAAGUCCUGUUGCAAUAUCGAGCUGUCCGGUAUCAGGAUUUAGUUCAUUUCUCACAACAGGUACACAUCUACAAUCAAGCGAUGCUAGAGGCUCUGCUCAACACCAGUGCAUCAGUUUUGUUAGACCGCGUAGACCCUCAAGCCAAGGAAGCGGAUUUUCUUGGAUCAGGUCCACCUACGGUUUGGAAAUUGCCCUUCCGAAUUGACCAGUUACAAUAUUACGACACCUCGUACAUGUGCGAUCCAUCGGCAAAAAGCACUGACACAUUCGCAAGUCAAUACGAUUCUGACCACGAGCAGUGGGAUGAGCCGUUGAAACGGCGAUUCAGUUCAGCACAAACUGAGCCCAUAAAGAUGUCUACAAGCACACAGACGCUCAUCGCUGUGCCGUUCUGCAGAGACCCAACACAGCCGGUGCCCAAGCUACCGCCAGACGAGCCUGCGCCUCCUAUCCCAAAGGCUGCUGGCAAAGACAUCGGAAAUCGCCCAGCCGUUUAUAAAAAGAAGCCAGCAUAUGCCCCACCAAAUUUCUACCAACCACCAGUCCCCUGGUCGGGAGUACGAGACGACAACGAUAUCUUAGAGAACACAUCCGGAAAUCUUCGAAAGACAAGUUACAGUCGAAGUCUUUACGCGAUAGACGCACCAGAAAUGAAUCCAAUUGAAGAGCUGCAAGCAAUGGCGAAAUCAACGAGCGACAUGAAUGAUGAUGACCCUCCAUUUAAUUUCCAAGCAAUGCUCAAGAAGACUCCUAGAAAUCGAGCUUCGAUGAAGCGAUCUGGUGAGACUGACAAUGGUAUUUUGGAGGACCGGAUUCCGAGAUAUACCUCGCCUUAUCCAAGAAUUGCACCGUCUCCGGUUGCCCAUGUUCCACCAGCUGUUGCGGGUAGAACAACACCAGCAUCAGGCAAAGCAACGCCCACAGGGAAGAAAAGUCCUGCGCCGCCGCCGCCUCGGCCUAUGAGCAGAGAACUAAUCAGAAAAGACUCAAAGGAACUCAUUAUGGCCGCUUUGAAGAAGCGAGACUCCAAAACGGACCUACUGUGCACUGUUGUGGAUAACUUGGAGAGUGAGAAAGUCGAGUUGGCCCCCGGUAUCACAGUGGAAGGUAUAGUAACGGACUUGUAAAAUGCAAACCCAAACAUGUUUUUGUAAAAAAUAUAUUUAAUCUCCAUUGUACUGGAAGUCCGCAUACAUUUUAUUUUUAAUAUUAUGGCGUUAUAUUAAAUUUUUUUGACAGUUAAGUUUUUAAAGCCACAUGGUUUACAUAAGUCAUAAGAUUUUGUUAUGUUAUGAAUGAGAUAAUUAAUAAUUGUUUUAAAUCUCAAUAGAGUUAAGUAUAUUAAAUACAAAGUAAACCUUAAAGCGAAUUAUGGCGUAUUAUAAAAAUAUACACACAGUGUUACUUAAAUAUACAUCUUAGGGCUCAUCACGUUAUAAAAAAUAUAUUCAUUAACUUGCUUAUUCCUAAACUUAUUUUAUAAAUUGCUUUGGUAACUUAUUAUAAUUACUAAUUCAUAAAAACUGGUCGACAGUAUCUGUGGAAAUGUAUGGUUAAAGCUAUUUAAAGGUGGGUGUUUAAAUUCAUAUUUACAGAAGAUGAAGGAAGAAUUGUUUUAAGAAUAUUGAUCGAAAAAUACUCACACUGGGAUAGUUUUUUUUUUUUAUGAAAGCUCUCACAUUUAUAGAAUGUAAGGUACUAAUAGCAAAAGCCUCGUGUUUUGUUUUUACGAGAUAAAGUGUUUUAUUACAACACCCACCUAGCUGAUAGAAGUGCUCAUAAUAUGGUAUAUUACCAGUUUGACAGCAAAUAUAACCUUGUACAGGACAGAACGGUAUCUUAUCGGGUGUUUAUGGAUGUGAACUAAAAGGGCUUCCGCGGAAGACCAGCUUCUUGACAUGCCCUUACGAGUAUGUCAAAAUAAAUGCUGAGGGAACCUUUGGCGCAGUGGCUCAGUAAUGGAUUUGUUCUUGUUGUAUUGUUGUUGUUUAAUGUACUUAUUGAGUAAAUAAAGUGUUUCUAAUUCUAUUCAUAUUGACUGACGACAAGGGUCAUAUUUGUUGUCGGGAAAUUAAAGACCCAGACUUGUGUAACGUGCAAUGUAAUUUGUCGUGAAAUGUAACGCAAAGUAUGGAAGAAACUAACUGCGAACUCUGUAUGUAUGGGGACUGUUCCUUUAGUUGGAACUUAGUACGCAAACUAAAACGUAACAUGACACAUCAUAAUAGGGUAGUUGACACACUAGUCAAUUUACAUUCUUUUUGUGGUCUGUCAAAGCAGCUCUUCAAUAUCUUUUGUCAAAGACCAGCUACAAAAUAAUUUUCAAAGCUAGAGUUAUUGUACUUUUUGUAAAGUUGUACCUUGGAAAAAAUGGUUUACGCUAUCAACUACCAAAUUCACGUUACAUUACACGCUACGUUACAUAACACUGAAAAAGUUUACAUCCAGCUUAUGUAAAAGUGAAAAUUUUUGUAAGUUACAUAUUAUUAUGUAAUAUGUAGUAUAUGAAGCUCGUGGAUUAUUUGUACAGUUUGAUAUGUGUCUCAUAAGAAAUUUUGUUUGACGACAAUGUAUUGUUAAAUAUUAUAUCGUUAUACGUUGAGCUGACGCAAUCUCAGUACUUAAAUCUACUCAAUGUACGGACGACGGCACACCAAGCUAAACAUUGUGGCAUCUUAUGUAAUCGUAAUAAGUGCGAUUUUGGAACGAAUAUACA